CUUUUUCAUGUAAAUUCAACAAAUUAGGCUCUAUUUUAGCUCAAAUUAGGCCUGAUUCAGGUCAAAAAUGGCAUAUUUUAGUUCCAAAAAUGCAUGGCAAAUGGAUCAAAAGGCGCAAAAUGGCGCCCCAGUUUCCACUGGUAGGACCGGAAAUCCGACGCAGGGUUCAGAAAAUGAAGCGCAGAGCAUGCUGCUGCAUGAUCUAGGUUCCUGCACUGACUAACUGCGCGCCACUUUUGUCUUUACCGCAUCAGGAACGUCCACACCACGGGAAACGUUAGGGGCUUACGCGAUGCUUUAGGAUGAAGCACAAAGAACCUUUACUACGCUGGGGCUGGACUAGGUCCGGCCAGAACACAUUGAUGGAUAUUGUGCCCUUUUUGGAUUACAUUUUACCGGGAUUUAUUUCUGCUUGCGCCUAAAGAACACUAUUGGCUUGUGGGUAGUGUGCGAGCCCUCGGUUGACUUGGUUGUAGAUUCUU